GCUUAAACACGCUUCUGAAAAUGCUAGUACCUCCGCAACGCUUUUUCGCCAUAUAUUCACAAAGAAGAAGAAGAAGAAGAAAUCAAGUGUUAGCCUUGGAUAAGGUUUCCUCAACCAAAGCAUCAUCUUCACACGCACAAUCGAGAAAAUGGCUGCAGCAAUGGCGCAUUGUUACGGACUCACGGCCAAGCUGAAUACGCUUUCUCUCUCUAGCGCGCCCAAUGCCGCAUUCAAGCCGCUCAGCUUUUCGUCCAACACUUCCACCGUCAGUCUUUUCUCAAGAGGUCUGGUGUCGGUCUGCCCGGUGCAAUUGAGCUCUAACCGGCGCUCGAUUGUGUGCGAAGUGGGGACGAAGAAGGCGGAUUCAGCGGCAAAGAGGGCUCGCCAAGCGGAGAAGAGGCGGAUUUACCACAAGGCCAAGAAGUCCGAAGUUAGGACUAGGAUGAAGAAGGUUCUUGAAGCUCUUGAAGUUCUAGUAAAGAAGCAAGGGGUAGAGUCUGAGGAAAUUCUUCCAGUCGAGAAGAUGAUCGCGGAAGCAUACUCAGCAAUUGAUAAAGCUGUGAAAGCAGGAACGCUCCACCGGAAUACUGGGGCAAGGAGAAAGUCCCGGCUUGCACGAAGGAAGAAGGCGGUCGAGAUCCACCAUGGCUGGUACACACCCUCUCCUUCUGUGGCCACGACGGCGUAAUGCCCAUUCCUUGUUUAGUUUUUUGUUGUAUAUUUCCGGCACAAAACAGUAGGUGAACUUUUCUCUGUUCUUGCCUGUGUUUGAUAUGUGAUUUAAUUCCAUCAUUUUUCACUCAUAGAAGAAAUGAAAGUUUUGUAUUAAA